GCCCAUAUUCAAGUCAUAAAUCAGUUGAUGUUAGACUACAGAACACAAAGAUAAUAGUAAUAUAGUUUCCUUUUGUUAUCGGCUCAGGAUUAAAUUAAAUUCAGUUUGUAGUGAGUUUCAUUGGCAAGACAAUGUACAAAGCUCCGUUGGCCCGUGAUAUUUUAGAUAAUCCACUUUUGGUAGCUCCGCUACCAUAUAUCAACUUUCUACGUUACUUUAAGCGCAAGCAUCCCAAAUAUGGAGUCCGCCGGCUGCUACAGGAGGCUCCCGCCCAAUGGGAUGCCAUGACACAGGGGCAAAAGAAUCUAUUCCAGAAAAAGCGCAUCCUGGCGAGGGUGGCACGCUCCCCACAAGUUCAACUCUGCCGCGUCCUGCAUCGCCAUCAAUGCAGUUCCAUCUCAAAACUAAUGCGCAUGUCAUAUGGAUGCAAGCGUCGCUAUCGAAGGAAAACUAAAUAACUGCUAGCUUGUGCGCUUCGUCAAAAAGUAAUUGAAAAUGCGACUAGGUCGAAAUUAGCAAUGAUAACAAACUUCGAUUAUUUAUAAAAAAAAAAAAAAAAAAGAAUAAACCAUUUUUUAACAUUAAAAAAAAUAUAUUCAAUUAA